GAAAAGGGGAGGAGCUACGUGCGCAGGCGUAGAGAGCACAUUUCCGUGCGGGAGUUGGAAGUCCUUGCCCCCCCGUCUUCUCUGCAGGGUGCCUAAUUAGAGGGGUGGUGGGGGGAAGGGCCAGAGGUGGAGCCUCGGGUCGGGACCUGACUGAGACGCGGGCGGCCUCUGUUUCCCGGGUGGCGUCGGCGGCGCUCCCAAGAUGUCGCAGACGGCCAUGUCCGAGACCUACGAUUUCCUGUUUAAGUUUUUGGUCAUUGGAAAUGCUGGAACUGGCAAAUCCUGUUUGCUUCAUCAGUUUAUUGAGAAGAAAUUCAAAGAUGACUCAAAUCACACUAUAGGAGUGGAGUUUGGUUCAAAGAUAAUAAAUGUUGGAGGCAAAUAUGUAAAACUGCAGAUAUGGGAUACAGCUGGACAAGAACGGUUCAGAUCAGUAACACGAAGCUAUUACAGAGGUGCUGCAGGUGCCUUGCUUGUUUAUGACAUCACCAGUCGAGAAACCUACAAUGCACUUACCAACUGGCUGACAGAUGCAAGGAUGUUAGCAAGUCAGAAUAUUGUAAUAAUAUUAUGUGGGAACAAAAAGGAUCUUGAUGGAGACAGGGAAGUCACUUUCCUAGAAGCAUCCAGAUUUGCUCAGGAAAAUGAGCUGAUGUUUUUGGAGACAAGUGCAUUGACAGGGGAGAAUGUUGAAGAAGCCUUUGUACAAUGUGCAAGAAAGAUACUUAAUAAGAUUGAGUCAGGUGAACUGGAUCCUGAAAGGAUGGGCUCAGGAAUUCAAUAUGGAGAUGCUGCUUUGAGACAGCUAAGAUCCCCACGGAGAGCACAGGCUCAGAGUGUUCAAGAAUGCGGCUGUUAAAAGCAAGCAACAAAGAAACUUCUUGUUUUAUGAAACAUAAGCUCUCCUUUCAAGUAAUUCAUGGAAAAACUGCCAUUGCUGCAAGAACCUGCAUUUUUAGAACUCCUUUUUGAUUCAACAAAACGCAACAUAUGGCAUUUUUUAAAAAAAAAAACUACAGUGGAAUGGCAGAGCAACACCACAAAAAAAAAGAACAUUUGGUAAUACAGUGGACAAUAUUGAGACAUAAAAUACCUGUACGUAAAUAUUUUCUGUUACAUAUUUGUGUUUCUUAUUGUUACUCAAAAACACUGGUGUAUCCACAUGUAUAUACGACAUUGUCAUUAAAUUUCCAAAGCAUGAUAUACUGACAUGAUAUUGCACUAACACUGUUUUUUUUUAUUAACUAAAAUUUUAACUCUGGUAGGCAUUAUCAUGUUUCAGGGUUACUUUUGUUUUUGUUUUUUUUACAAAGGCUUUUAUUUAUGAGUUGACAUUGAAAGCUACUGGCAUUGACUGCCGGUGUUUUAUUUGCCACUUUCUAUAGGGGCUUACAUAAACUAUUUUUUGAAAACUGUUAGGUCAUAUGUUUACUAAUCUGCAUACUGAAAAUAUUUUUUUUUUACUGUUCUUGUUUCUUGAAAUGCUUAAAUGUAUUCCAGUUUGUCAAAUGUAAGCUAUAAAUACAUUGUGAACUCAAA